AUGAGCAAGAUCAAUUUUCUACCAACAUUACAAGAUGCCUAUGAGCCACUAAUGGCAGCACAGAUAGACAUAUUGCGUGAGCAAGUAGUCGCUGAAGGGGGUGAUAAGGCGUCUGUUCAAUCUAGAUUCAACUAUGCCUGGGGUUUAAUUAAAAGUGAAUCUGUCGAUGAUCAGAGACUAGGGGUGAAAAUUCUAACAGAUAUUUAUAAAGAAUCAUACCAGCGCAGACGUGAGUGUUUGUACUACUUGACAGUGGGUUGUUAUAAAUUGAAGGAGUAUUCUAUGGCUAAGAGAUACGUUGAUACCCUGCAUGAGGCUGAACCUAAUAACAAGCAAGUGAUCGCGUUAAAAGAAAUGGUGGAGGAUAAGAUUCAGACAGAAACUAUCAAGGGCCUGGCCAUGGUAACUGGUGCAAUUGUAGGUAUAGCAUCAAUUGCUGGGUACUACAUGAGAAGAAGGAAGUAA